UUUAUUGCGAUAGGUGCUUAAAUCAUUUUUAUUCACAACAAACUUUAAAUAAACACAUAUUUAGUUGCAGAAAAUUAAAUAAAACCAAAAUUACGCUCCCAACUGAACAAGAGAAACACGUAACAUUUUCGCAUUUUAAAAAUAAAGAAAAAGUACCGUUUGUUAUUUACGCGGAUAUCGAGUGUAUUUUACAAAAAUACGAAGAUUCCGCUGCGACGGGAAACAUUAAAAAAUAUCAAAAACAUAUUCCUUGUAGUAUUUCUUAUUAUCUGUUGUGCAGUUACGAUAAUAAUCUUUCCAAAUUUAACUUGUAUACGGGUAAAGAUUGUAUGAGCUGGUUUUGUCGACAAUUACAAGAACUGGCCCUACAAUUAAAUCCUAUAUUUAACAAUGCUGUUUCAAUGACACCUUUGACUGAACAUGAAAAAGAAUCAUUUUAUACAUCAACCACAUGUCACAUUUGUUCAAAACCAUUUACCGAAAAUGAUUUAAGAGUAAAAGAUCAUUGUCAUUUCACGGGAAAAUAUCGAGGAGUUGCUCAUUCUUCUUGCAAUCUUAAUUACAAGGACGAUCAUAUGAUACCCGUGGUAUUUCAUAACUUAGGAUACGAUCUACACUUUUUUAUUAAAAACUUGGCAACUGAAAUUCCCGGUUCGGUAAUAUUACUACCUCGUAACAAAGAAAAAUAUAUAUCGUUUACAAAAUAUAUCGAAAACACGAGCGUUAAUUUUCGAUUUUUAGAUUCGUUCAGAUUUAUGGCUAGUAGUUUGGAUAAGUUAAGUUCUUAUUUAGACCCUAGCGAAAAAAACAUUACUAGAAGCUUUUGCGAAAAUCUCGAAGAAUUUCAGUUGUUACAGAAAAAGGGAGUCUUUCCGUAUGAAUAUCUAGAUGAUUGGGAAAAAUUGAACGACGUCGAAUUGCCCCCGAUUGAAAAUUUCUAUAGUAAACUUAGAAAAUCCGGUAUUACGAUAAAAGAUUACGAGCAUGCCAAAAAUAUUUGGACAACAUUCAAAAUUCAAAAUUUACGCGAAUAUAUGGAAUUGUAUUUGAAAACAGACGUACUAUUAUUGACGGACGUUUUCGAAAAUUUCAGAAAUGUAUGUCAAAAAACGUAUGGCUUGGAAUGUUUGAAAUAUUACACGGCACCGGGUCUGGCAUACGAUGCAUGUCUUCUCAUUUCAAAUGUUCAACUAGAAUUAAUUACGGACAUCGAUCAAUUAAUGAUGAUCGAAAAAGGAAUACGCGGUGGAAUUUCACAAUGCAGUAACCGAUACGGUAAGGCUAACAAUAAAUACAUGGAAAACGAUUAUAAUCCAGACAUUCCUUCAUCAUAUUUAAUGUAUUUCGAUGUAAAUAACCUAUAUGGAACGGCAAUGAGACUACCACUACCGACGGGUGGGUUCCAAUGGAUCGAUAAUAACGCAUUUUAUUCUAUCAUAAACACGUCGGACGAUUCUGACGUUGGGUAUCUUCUUGAAGUAGAUAUAGAAUAUCCUACAAUACUUCACGAUAUCCACAAAGAUCUACCUCUAUGUCCGGAACGUUUGAUUCCACCAACGGGUCAAACAAAACAGCCGAAAUUAUUGACAACAUUGUUUGAUAAAAAAAACUACGUAAUACAUUAUAAAAAUCUCAAACAGGCUCUUCAGUUAGGUUUUCAACCACGGAGAUUGGUUAAAUUGUAAUAUUUUAUGAAUUUUUGUAACACGUAAACCUAACUGAAGAGCCUGUUUGAGAUUUUUAUAAUGUAUUACGUAGUU